AUGCUCUUUUUCAGCACCAGGAGCGGCAAAGCCAACUAUGCCAAUUGUGCCGGAGGAUACAAGCUGGACACGCGAUGUUUGAAUGGCAAGCCGGUGUACGUGAACGAGGAAAGCGAGCGAUUCUUGGGCAAGACGGCCCAGGGCUCCUGGGUCAUUGGGACCCUGCGUGAUCUCGACACCUUCCUGGCAGAGGAUGCGAAGUCCUUCGGAGGAUUCCACUCGGCCCAAAGAGGCCCCGAGGAUGGCUGGGAGAACUACGAGGUCGUGCGCAGGGAAGCCUUCGAGUUUCGGGUGAAGCAAGGCCAGCCGGACUACGCAUCAUGUUCCGGGACUUAUCAUGAGCUGGAUACCCGGGAUGCCCGGCUGAAUGACAGACCCGUGUACCUGAAUCGGGAGAGGCACCGCUUUCUUGGGGCGACCAAAAGCGGCAGGUGGACGAUUCUGAGCAUGGACCUUCUGGAAGAUUUCCUCCGCACACAGCCGGAGUCUUUCGAAGGCUUUCAUGCGACCCCGGAGCACCUGGAGGUCCCGGAGGGCCCGGAAGGCUGGCAGAACUAUGAGGUCCGGCGGCUCCUCCCGAAAAGGACCCAACAACGAACCCAACAAGGGGCCCAACAAGGGGCCCAAGAAGGGGCCCAAGAAGGCUCCGUGAGCUCUCAAAGCUCGGCCUGGGAGAAGCUGGAGAGCUGCAACGUGACCUUCCGGGCGGUGGCCAACUCCGGCGUCUGCCGCACCGAGGCCGACUUCGCCGAGAACCGAAGGCGGUGCCUUGCCAGCGACUGCGGCGGCUUCGCGUGGCGGAAGCCGCACUUCAACCAGUUUGGCGAGGAGGACGACCCGCCAGUGUGCUUCUUCUUCCGGCGGACACAAGACGAGUUGCGGCGUGCCCUGAAGAAGGACGAGGCCUUCGAUCUCUUCUUGGCGCCUUCGAACUUUGAGCCCGACUGCUCCUUCAAGCCAGGCAGAGACCCAGCCCCUGCCUGCCACGUGCGGUGGCAGGCCGGCAAGGCCGGCAAGGCAGGCAAGGCAGGCAAGGCUGGCAAAGUCCACAGCUUCGCAUGUCAGGUCUUAGUGCCAAAGGCACAAAAGCCUGCACCCCACACCUACUACUGUGCCUGCGGCUUUCAGAGUGGCUACUGCGGCAUCCAGCAGCAUGAGGGCCAGAAGCAGCAAGUCCUCUUCUCCCUUUGGAACCACCCCAAAAGUGGGGCGCGCGUGGAGAGCGUGUACACUGCGCCAGGCGUGGAGGCCAAGCCCUUCGGCGGAGAAGGCAUGGGCCUGGGCGCCUACUGCGUGACCGCGCCUGGCAAGGAGGACGCCUCCUCCUUGGCGCGCUGGCACGAGGGAGAGGCCUACCUUUUUGUGGUGCGCUCCAGGGCGGUGGAGCGGGGCUCGGAGGUCAGCUGCCACAUGCACAAGCCCACGGGUCCCGGCAAGGGCUGGGUGGAGUUCGCGCGGCACCUGCGGCCGGAGCCCGAGGAAGAGGCCGCCACGCGAGGCAAGCUCUGGGGCCUCUACAGCUUCAUCGAGGACUUCGCUGGUAACUCUGUGCGUCGCUCGGCCCAGUACGCCGCGUGGGUGCAGGUGGAGCCAGGGGCGGCCUGGCAGCCAGUUUCGAGCAUCGAGGGCACCAGCAGCGCCGACCUGGAUGUUCCCAACAAGUGCGUCCGGCGAGUGGAAUGCAAGGGCGAGGGCGGCAUGCCGGGCAGCGUGUGCGAGGCCGUGUUCAUGGAAACGGGCGGCGACGCUUUGCCGGAAUGCGGCCUCUGCUGUGGAGACCUGCAGGUCUACGUCUGCCAGGUGGACAAUUGUGAUGUCGGCUUCCCUGACGGUGGCAUGGAGGUUGUCGCGGGGGAUGCGCCGACUUUCGGUUCCGACCCCUUCACGCUGGUCUCCGCUGCACAGACGGCCAUCGAGCUUUCCUGGGGUUCGCCUUCGGGUGCGCGGCGCCUGGCUGCGCUGUCGGCACAUGGGCGACGGCUCACUGGGCUGCCUGUGCUGGAGUACGAGGUGUUCUUCGACAACGGUGCCGGCGUCGGUGGCAGUCUCACGACCUCGAUCUACGUGGGCUCGGCCACGUCCUACCGGAAGGACACCCUGAACACUGGCGUCACCUACCGCUUCCAGAUCCGGGCCCGCAACGCCAACGGAUGGGGACCCCUGAGCGGCAUCAUGUCCUUCGCCGCCUCCGAGGCCCCUGGCGUGCCGCGGAACCUGAGGUACUUGGCCUCAACGACGACGUCGUUGCAGGUGGGCUGGGAUGUCCCAACCGCCGUCCACAACGACGAGUCGCCCAUUACUCGUUACGAGGUGCUGUGGAACGACCAGACCACCAUGUCGGCCACGCAAAUGCUGACGACAUCCCCGGGCUUCAAGCAGGUGACCCCUCCUGGGCCACUGAGCACCGGGCACACGAUCCGCUUCGAGGCGCGUGCAUGCAACAUCAACGAAUGCGGCUCCUACUCCACAAGGUUGGAUCUGGUGGUCGGAGGCUUGCCGCAGGCCCCGUCGGCGCCCUUCAUGGUCACAUCCACGGGGUCGGCGCUUACGCUGGGCUGGGACUAUGUUGGCAAGGACAACGGUGGCGUGCCCUUGACGCAUUACAACGUCAAAGUGUCUUCGGACGGCGGGACCACCUACACAGCAGCAGGUAGCACCGCGGACGCUUCAGUGUUCACAUUCACCUACUCAUGCGGCGCCAGCCAGCUGUUCUUCUUCAAGGUGGCAGCCGUCAACGGCGUCGGCGGCGGCAGUGGCGAGGGUGCCGAUUCCGACCCUGUGGGCCUGUACUGCGUGCAGCCUCCCGCGACGCCAUCGGCACCAGGCCUGACCACCACGGCCUCCUCGCUCACCGUGGCGCUGUAUCAGCCCACCGCUGGGCAACUCAACAAUGCGCAGCACACUGGCUGGCGGAUUCUGGUGGAUGAUGCCAACGACGCAGACGACAUUUACAACGAGACGGAGGUUGCCGACACGACAAUUCUGUCAUAUACCAUCACCACUGGCAUCGUCACUGGGCACUACUACCGGGCAAAGCUGAAGCUGUGCUCGGUUGCACACUGCAGCGCCGAGAGUGACAUCGGUGGGCCUGUGGUUGCUGCCUCACCGCCGGAUGCCCCGGCUCCGGUCUACGCGCUCUCGUCAACAGACAACAGCAUCACCCUCACUUGGGAGUUCUCCGGAUCUAAUGGGGGAUCCGUCAUCGAAGGUUGGUAUAUCUACGUCUCCGGUGAUGGGGAAACGUGGCCCGACGUCACAAACCCUGACGACGAGAUUGCAGAUGUCAACAACCGCGUGUUUUACCUUGGCUGUGGCAACUGGUCCGCCAGCAAAAGCAUGCUCUACGUCAAGGUCGCGGCUUACAGCCUGGCAGGAACUGGCACGCUCUCGGAUACGCUUGCCUACCGCUGCUCCUCUCCACCGGAUACCCCCGCCACGCCCACCCUGGUGGACUCCAAUGCUGAGAACAUCACCAUCGCGUGGACCGUGCCCACCAGCACGGAGCUGCACAACGCCUUGCACCUGGGCACCAAGGUCCAGUUCGAUGAUGGAGCUGCUGGCCCCUACACGACCGUCUCGAUCACCGACACCCUGCAGGUUCAGUACACAAAGACUGGGCUGUCUUCAGGCCUCACCUACAGGUUCCGCAUCCAGACCGUCUCGGAAACUGGGGAAAGCACUGCGUCCGCGGUUCUGUCCGUCGUGGCGGCAUCUGUCCCAGACGCCCCAGUGGUGUCCAUAGUCUCUACUUCCGACUCUACCCUGGAGUAUUCCGCGGUGUUGUCGGGUUCAACAGGCGGAUCGCCCAUCACGGAGUGGCGAGCCUACAUUUCCACGGACGGCGUGGCAUAUCCGAUCAACCCCAACAUCCCCACGGCUACACUAGCCGCGGCAUUUGUGAGCUACUCGUUCGACUGCACGAACUUCGCAGCUGCUGACUGGAGUCAGCAGUACAUCUGGAUCAUCAUGUCGGCCGUCAGCAAUGCCGGGGAGGGUGCUUUCUCAACGCCCCUCCAGCAGCGAUGCUCUGCUAUUCCGGGCACACCCAAUGCACCUGGACUGGUCUCCUCGUCGGCGAAUGCAAUCACACUCAGCUUCGAUACAAACGGACUGAACGGUGCAUUCCUGACUGGCUUCAAGAUCUACACGGAUGACGGCAACAACGGACCCUGGUCCACAGACCUCAUCACGGACACCACGCAGCGGACCUUCACCAAGUCCGGGCUGAACGCUGGGUUGGACUACCGCUUCAAAGUGGAGGUCGUCUCGGAAGUUGGCACCAGCGCCUCCUCGCCCGUUGCCACAUAUGUGUCUGCUGCGACCCCUGAUGCCCCCACGGUCAGCGUCUCCAGCUCCACGAACAGCAUCAUCAACUUGGACUGGGUUGCAGGCGGGGAUGGUGGCUCGGUCAUCACCGGCUGGCGCGUUUACCUUUCGAAGGACGGGGCGACAUGGUCAGCGCUCGCCAGUCCGGAGUACACGAUCAUUGUGGGCUCAACCCUGACCCAAGCCGUCGACUGCACUGACACAGUCAAGUGGGGCGGAUCUGUGGUGUCGCAGCUCUACGUCUACAUGAGGGUGUCGGGCGUCAACAGCGCUGGCACCGGGACCCCUUCAAACUCCUACCGCUGGCGCUGUUCAGACAAGCCUGGAACGCCAGCAGUCCCUGCCAAGGUGAGCGGAACCACCAACACAAUGACCAUCUCGUUCGCGCCGAAUGGCCUGAACGACGCCGUCCUCCUUGGGUACAAGCUCUACUACGAUGACGGCCUAAGCGGUGCCUACACAGAGGUCUAUGUGAGCUCUGGGGCCACGUCGCAAUACACCUUCACCGGCCUCACUGCCGCACUCCCGUACCGCUUCUACGUCAAGGUAGUCUCGGAGGUUGGGGACAGCGAUGCAUCGCCUGUCCUCACUGCCGUCGUGGGUGCUGAUGCAGAUGCGCCGUCAGCGCCGUACUACGUUUCUUCCCAGAACAACAACGAGCUCACCGUCGGCUGGACCUUCUCAGGCUCGGACGGGGGCUCGUCGAUCACCACCUGGAAUGUCUACUACGCCAUCGGUUUCGCAGCUGCCAACUGGCCAGCCGCCACCUCGCCAAGUGCGACGACAGCCGUGGGUACGGAGCAGGUCGUGGUUGACUGCACCAGCAUCAGUGGCCAAGACCGGUCGCAGAACUUCGUGUACAUCAGGGUGGCAGCAGUGACUGGCGUGGGUGUUGGGCAGUACUCUCCCAUCAGCCGCAUCUUCUGCGCGAACAAGCCGGAUGCUCCCACAGUGACGAACGGCUACGCGGGCUCCUCGACCUCUGUGACCGUGAACUUUGCGGAAGGUGCGCUGAAUGGUGCUGAGCUCCUUGCCUUCAAGGUCUACAUGGACGACGGGCUGGGCGGGGCUGUGACGCUGCGCGACACUGUGGUGGACACGUCCUCGCGCUCUUACACUGCAACUGGUCUCACGGCGAACUCGGUGUACGUUGUGCAGGUCAGCGUGGUGACCACCACGGCGGAGUCCGACCUUUCAACAGCCUUGACGGUGCGGUCUUGCCCGUUGCCUGACACGCCUUCGGCGCCUUCGCGAAAGUCGUCCACCGCAACCACCAUUACGCUGGAGUGGACAGCUCCAGCUGACAACGGCUGCCCAAUGACCGGGUACCGGAUCUACAUUGACAACAACCUGGAUGGCACGGCAGAUGGUGAGAUCUACCCAGGAGCUGGCGACGACACAGAUCCGCUUGACACGAACCUGGUGGCGAACGUCCUCGAGCACACGCAGACAACAGGCCUGGCAUCCGGAUCGCUGUACGGGUUCCUUGUGCGUGCCUACAACAGCGGCGGCUACGUCGAGAGCAACUGGGUCACCAUCAAGGCUGCAGGCGAGCCAGCCCAGAUGUCAGCACCGACUCAGGAUGCCAGCGCUGGCAGUUCCACCACCAUCGCCCUCGUGUACAGUGUCCCAAGCAUGGAGGGUGGCAACGCCGUUGGCUUCAAGGUCUAUCGCAACAACGGCGGUGCUACGGCCAUGAACGGCUCACCGGACACCACUUGCAACAGGGACACGGUGCCCGCGCCGCAGACCUGUACGUUGACCGGCCUCAACUCUGGGGACACGUACGCCGUGCAGAUGCUGGCCAUCAACGACGUUGGGGAAGGAGCCCUCUCCACGGUUGCCACUCUCUUCGCCGCUGCGAUCCCGGCGCAGAUCACGAACCUUGUGAACAGCGCGGGCGCGCUCACGCCCUCCCUCAGCUUCACCUGGACGGCUCCUUCGGACAACGGGGCCUUCAUCUACAACUACCUGGGUGAGAUGAAGGACGUCGCGGCUGGCACAACGCAGGCCUGGGAUGCAGGGGGAACCAGCGGCUCGCCGCAGACGGCCACCACAUGGACACUCACGGGAUUGAACCUGGCCGCGACGAAGCAGUUCCAGUUCCGUGUGCGAGCGGUCAACAAGAUGGGCAGCGGCGCCUGGUCGAGCUGGUCCUCCUUGACGGACCCCCCGCGUGGCUAUUGCUUGGAUGCGCCCAACACACCUGCGAACUUCGGAAGGCACCCGGACACGGCGGUCAGCGGCCAGAUCUCGAUCAGCUGGGAUGCCCUGACGACCGUCGCAGAAGCGGGAGGCGACAACGUGGACAACAUCGUCUACGAGGUCUAUGCCGGAGCAUCCACGGGAAGCAUGACGAAGCAGACUAUGUCGAACGACUACGACACGAACUUCACACUGGCCGUGUCGGCGGGCACCACUUACUACUUCCAAGUGCGGGCCGUGAACAUCGCCGGCGUCGGCUCCGCGUGGGCCGGGCCCAUCGAGCUCGUCAGUGCCGAGGUCCCCGGCCAGCCGGACAUCGUGUCCUGCACCACCACAGUCUCAGAACAGGUCGACAUCACCUGGACCCCAAACGCAUUCAACGGCAACUCCAUGGUCACUCACUACAUCGUCAGCGAAGACAACUUCACCAACUCCACCGGGGCAAUGGAACAGGUCAGCAACACCAUCACCACCUUCAGCUUCACAGGUCAAGAUCCAGGCGUGGCGAACCACUACGGUGUCAGGUCCGUCAACUCUGUCGGCGAGAGUUUCGAAGCAAUCUGCACGAUUGCGCCAAUUCCAUAG